CGGGUGCCGUCAACCCAGGCCAGGACUUCGAUCGGAUUCUACCACAGCCGGACUCGACACGCCCACACCGCAUCUUCAUCUUCGACCGCAAACGAACAAACAUACUCACCUACGUUGAGGUCCACAUCACACCAACACUGUACAUCCCAGCAAGCGGCAAACGAGAAACCAGGCACGAGAAUCGAGCUGUGAGCAAGAGUUGGCUGGAAAGAGAGAAAGAACAGCAGUCAACAUGUCCACGGCAGCGCGGAGAAGACUGAUGCGCGACUUCAAGCGCAUGCAAACCGACCCUCCAGCUGGUGUCAGCGCAAGUCCCAUCGCAGACAAUGUGAUGACGUGGAACGCGGUCAUCAUCGGGCCUUCAGACACACCAUUCGAAGACGGCACAUUCAGACUCGUGAUGCAUUUCGAGGAGCAGUAUCCGAAUAAGCCUCCAGGAGUCAAAUUCAUCAGCCAAAUGUUUCACCCAAACGUGUAUGGAACCGGAGAGCUGUGCUUGGAUAUCUUGCAGAACAGAUGGAGUCCGACCUACGAUGUCGCGGCUAUUCUGACGAGUGUUCAAAGUCUCCUGAACGAUCCGAACACAUCGAGUCCGGCGAACGUGGAAGCGAGCAACCUCUACAAAGACAACCGAAAGGAAUACACGAAGCGAGUUCGAGAGACUGUGGAGAAGAGCUGGGAGGACUGAGGACGAUUUGUCUCAUUUGCAUGAGAUUGGGCAUUUGCAGCAACACAAUGGUGGUAGGAGCAGUACGGAGUUGGUUGCCUUGAGGGCAAUGAUACCUACAAGCCGUCGUUACAGAUACGGCUGCGCUCAGACACCGACGUCUUUGCGUUUGGGAAUGAAUUAAAGCGUGGCGUUAUGGCUAGGCGUCAGUAAUGCUUGCAUGAUGGUAUGACUCCUAUAGUUAGCUUCAAACACUUCGUGUUUCUGACGAACAAUCAGGCUUAUGGUGCUGUUUGUCUGGAACAUAAUUCUCACGACAUUCACGUCUGAUAGUAUCAACUGUACUACAACAAGAAUUCUGUUGGGCGCGAGCAACGAACGAUAGACUACUUCUUGAAGCCCUAACAUAUAUUCAGCAUCUGUAGACCACCUGCAGCCCGUAUUCGUCUCCUAGCGGGCUAUCUAAGCAGCGCAUGCGGCUUUGUAGAAAUCACAUGCAAGGGCAGUACGUCCUGAUCCGAUCUCAUUUGCACACAUGCUGUGUAUCGUUGCCAACAUCGGCGAGCAGGAUAGAACGGCAUUGUAGCGUCUUCUUGGCCAGACAUGAAGUAGUUCCCGCAGCAGCCGGACGAAUGUGGCAUGAGCAUUUCGUG